AUGACAAUCUUAGGAUCAAUCUCUCAAAUUGGAUCAAUGAAAAUGGGUGGUUCAAAAUCUUCAUUUAACGGAUCUAGUUGUGGUGCUGGUUUUGGAAGUAAUUCAUCAUCAUCAAUCAUUUCAUUUUUCAAUCCACUUUUACCAGUUGUAGCAUUCAUUAGUGGUACUGUAACAUCAAUUACUGGUCUUGUCGCUGGUGCCCUCACUGGUACUGUUGAUGGCCUUGGUAAAGGUGCUAACACUGGUAUUUUAUUAGGAUAUACUCCAAAUAUUUAA